CGCCAGGUAAGCAUUGUUGAUGUCUCCCCCCUCCAUUGCCGUCAUGUCUAAGUCAGAGUCACCCAAAGAGCCCGAACAGCUGCGGAAGCUCUUCAUCGGAGGUUUGAGCUUUGAAACAACCGAUGACAGUCUGAGGAGCCAUUGUGAGCAGUGGGGAACGCUCACAGACUGUGUGGAAAUGAGGGAUCCCAACACCAGGCGCUCCAGAGGCUUCGGGUUUGUCACGUAUGCCACCGUGGAGGAGGUGGGUGCAGCCAUGAAGGCAAGGCCACACGAGGUGGAUGGAAGAGUUGUGGAACCAAAGAGGGCCGUCUCAAGAGAAGAUUCUCAAAGACCUGGUGCCCACUUAACUGUGAAAAAGAUUUUUGUUGGUGGCAUUAAAGAAGACACUGAAGAACAUCACCUAAGAGAUGAUUUUGAACAGUACGGGCAAAUUGAAGUGAUCGAAGUCAUGACUGACCGAGGCAGCGGAAAAAGAGGCUUUGCUUUCAUAACCUUUGAUGACCAUGACUCCGUAGACAAGACUGUCAUUCAGAAAUACCACACGGUGAAUGGCCACAACUGUGAAGUAAGGAAAGCCCUAUCUCAGCAAGAGAUGGCUAGUGCCUCAUCCAGCCAAAGAGGUCGAAGUGGUUCUGGAAACUUUGGUGGUGGUCAUGGAGGUGGUUUUGGUGGGAAUGACAACUUUGGUGAUGGAGGAAACUUCAGUGGUCGAGGUGGCUUUGGUGGCAACCGCGGUGGUGGUGGAUGUGGUGGCAGUGGGGAUGGCUAUCAUGGAUUCGGUAAUGAUGGAAGCAAUUUUGGAGGUGGUGGAAGCUACGAUAAUUUUGGCAGUUACAACAAUCAAUCUUCAAAUAUUGGGCCCAUGAAAGGAGGAAACUUUGGAGGCAGAAGUUCUGGCCCCUAUGGUGGUGGAGGCCAAUACUUUGCCAAACCCCGAAACCAAGGUAGCUAUGGUGGUUCCAGCAGCAGCAGUAGCUAUGGCAGUGGCAGAGUUUUGAUUACUGCCAGGAAACAAAGCUUAGCAGGAGAGGAGAGCCAGAGAAGUGACGGGGAAGCUACAGGUUACAACAGAUUUGUGAACUCAGCCAAGCACAGUGGUGGCAGGGCCUAGAUGCUACAAAGAAGACAUGUUUUAGACAAUACUCAUGUGUAUGGGCAAAAAAACGUGAGGACCGUAUUUGUGACUAAUUGUAUAACAGGUUCUUUUAGUUUCUGUUCUAUGGAAAGUGUAAAGCAUUCCAACAAAGGGUUUUAAUGUAGAUUUUUUUUUGCACCCAUGCUGUUGAUUGCUAAGUGUAAUAGUCUGAUCAUGAUGCUGAAUAAAUGUCUUUAAAAAAAAAAAGAGCUACUCCUUCAACCAUUCCAGUUAUUCUGAUCAUACUGCAUUCUUAAGUGAGAAACCAAUGAAUUUGAUGGUACCCACCCACAGAGAUGAUUUUGUUAUAUUUGGGUUGGCCCUCAUCCUGAACCAAUGUGAUCUGGGGAAGCAGAUACCUGAGGCCAAGGAACAAGAAAACAGAGUGAGAGAUAAACACUGGAGGGGUAAAACCUUGGGUUGGAAGGACAUUUCAGAAGAGAGAUGAGCAAAGGGAAUUGUCAGGCAGGGUCGGAAACUACUCUAUGGCCCUUUCUGGGACUAGUACUCAGGCAGUCAGCAUACAAGUAUUCUAGCAAACACCUGCAUUGACUAACUGCUAAACCUUCCAUAGCUGAUGUGAUCUGGGACAAAGAAUGUAGUGUUGCAGUGCCUUGCGGUGUUAGAUAAUUCUCUACCUUCCAUACAGGGACCCCUCUUUCACUGCAUU